GCUGUUUAAUUUCUACAUUAUAAAGACGUGCUUUUAUUUUGAACGGUAGGGGAAAUAGAUCAAGACGGAAUAUCAAUAACGGAAGCUGUGUCGUCCCAAAGAAAGAUACUUUUCAUAUAAGAACUCACGAUUGAACCGUGCGUCGUUUCUCCAGACACUCAAGGAAGACACAUGGAUCCUUUGAUGAAGGCUGCGGCCAUUGGAGCGGGAGCAUUAGGUGCUGUUGUCCUGGCUCCUGUUGCUCUGGCAGCAGCAGGUUUCACAGCAGCUGGAAUAGCAGCUGGCUCCAUCGGUGCGAAAAUGAUGUCGACCGCUGCAGUCGCUAACGGGGGAGGAGUGGCAGCAGGAGGGCUGGUGGCUGGUUUGCAGGCAAUGGCUGGUCUGUCAGGAGCUGCGACUGCAGCUGUGGCAGGCACUGGAGCAGCAGUGGGAUGGCUGGCGAGCUUCUUCCGCUGAAGAAAAGUGCACCAGUGUACCUACUAAACAACUCAUGUGAUGUCAGACUUCUCCAAUGUUGUGUUCAAUACAUCUGUGUAACCUAUGAA